CUGUCUCAGCGCGGCCAGAUGCUUGUUGAGCUUCUGUCCGAGUAAACCAUUAAAAAUGAUGUUCAAGUUUGUGUUAAUGUUUUCGUUAUUUGUGCUGGCUGCUGCCAACCCCACGCGGAAGCGGUCAACGACACCCCUUGAAUUGGUUAGCGUGAUCGAAUUAGAGGAACCAUGCGUGCGUCAGGGCGGUCUCUGCCUUCGCAUCGAAGAUUGCCAGCCUGGUAACCUUGUGCAGAUGAGGGGCGUGCUGUGUCCCAAACAGAGGCACCUGGGAGUCGAAUGUUGCUACGCUUGAAGAAGAUCACGAGAGAAGCCGUAUUCCGCCUUAAGUUAAUAUAAGAUAUAAGUUGUCAAUUAAAUGGUUUAAUACAAAUGUAUUAUGUUCGGUUUCUAUACUUUAUAACUUUCUAAUUUUAUUAGAUUCACUAUCAGCUUGUGUUAAAAUUCAUAUGCAAAAAGUUACUGUGAGGUAGAAAUCGUAUAAUGAGAAUAUAUAUUAAUUAUUAUAGUAUGUUAUAUUAAUAUGAGUAUUACGAUGUUGUUAUUGCUUUGAGCAAUGUUAUUUUAUUAAAUAAGUACUUA